GUCAACCACUUCCGGGUCAGAUAUUAGGAAGGUUGUCAGGUUAACGUGCAGUGAAGAAAAAUCGAAUGAAUUUCACGAUCUUCUAAAUGUAAGAACGUAUUUGAUAUGAGUAUUGUUUGACCAUGAUAUCCUAGAAGAUACAUAAAUUAUUAAUAAGUCAAUCCGGUACCAUUUAGCUUGUUAGAAUUAUCUGUCGCUAAUAAAUCAGCCAGUGUGGCUAUUCUGGCUAAUCAUCUCAGUGUCUCUCUCUCAGUUCAAGUGAAGCUGUUUUGAAGCCGGUUUCUUUCUCCCUGAAGUGACAACUUGUUGGUUUAGCCUCUGAGAUGAGAGUCCCUUGUAUAUUAAAAACAGCUGCUCGAAGCUUCAUACUGCCGGCAGCGUCAGGUAGCGUGCACCAGACCCGGGUAUUGUGCCCCUGCCUAAUCACAAGAAAAAUGGCUUCCAGAAGGCAAACAGAUCAUAUAGAGAGAACAGCCAGCAAUUACAGACAAAAUACACUGUAUACUGCUCAAGUGUGUGGCAUCGUGAACGAGUCGGAGACAGUUAAACGACUGAGACUAGCGGUCCCCCCAGACUUUAGCUUCAAGGCAGGACAAUGGGUGGACUUCUUUAUCCCUGGGAUGGAGAAGGUGGGGGGGUUCUCCAUUUGUUCCAGUCCAGGCUUGCUACGGAGGGAGGGGGUCAUUGAGCUCGCUGUCAAGUAUGCCAAACACCCUCCAGCACACUGGAUCCACACACAGUGUACGGUGGACUCCCACGUGGCCAUGAGGGUGGGUGGUGACUUCUACUUUGACCCCUUGCCCUCUGACCCCUGCGUUGACUUGCUGCUGGUGGCAGGCGGUGUGGGCAUUAACCCUUUAUACUCCAUCCUGCUGCAUGCCGCUGACCUGCUGCGACUCAACCACCCACAUCCUGGUAGGGGAUACCAGAUAGGCUCCACCCACCUCUGCUACAGUGCCAAGAACACACAAGAGCUGCUCUUCAAGAACACCAUCGUGGACGUUUGUCAGGAGUUUCCCGAGAAGGUCUCCUGCAACUUCCACGUCACUGAGCAGACAGGCCAGGACGACCAGCAGACAGGCCAGGUCGACCAGAAACUGCAGGCCUACAUGCAACGUGGGCGUAUCUCAGAGGAGGAGCUGCGUCAGCAUGUGAACCCACAGAGCACACUGUGUUUCCUGUGCGGCCCCCCACCCAUGAUUGAGAGCAUCUCUCAGACCUUGCUGGAGCUGGGCAUGCCCAGCAACAGGAUUCUGUUUGAAAAGUGGUGGUAGAACCAGAAUCUGGCCGUGCCUAAUCCCCUCAACCUCAACACAUUACUGCCCUGGGUUACAAUGAAGGGGGGCUGGAGGACAUUCUCAACACAAGCCUCUCUCUAACUUACUGGAAGUAUCUGGUCCUGGUAUGAUCAAGGGGUGGAGCGAUAAUAAUAAUAAUAAUUUAUAAUAAUGUAAACUAGGCAGUAUUCUGUGCUGUAUGCAAGGAAAACCUCAUCCACCUUUCUAGCUCAGUGCCCCCGGGGGAGGGGGGGGGGGGGGUUAGUUUGACCUCUGAACUAAACGGGUAACUGACCUGGCUGGACCACAACAAACCCAAGUGCUUCUAACAUACACCUGGUUCAGGUGGUAUAUUUUACUCGACUGUGAAUAUCAGGGCCUUGUUGAGGACAAUAUGAUAUUACAAACAUGGUGUAACAUUUUUACUCCUCUGCAACGGGUAAUUUAGUGAAUAUAGUAUAAAAUGUUAAUUAAAUUAAAUAUUGUACAUUCAUGUAUAGUAAUUUGAGUAUUAUAAGAUAUUUAUUUUCUGUUGGUAAAGAUUUUAAGGAAAAUGUUUGUUGGGUGAGUUAUUUUCAAAUUUUCCUCCUG